UGCAACUGUCAUUCCUGAUAAGAGAUAUACAUCGAAAACUAUCAAUUCUAUAAUUUUUAUUACGCGUGUCACGUGACCAUUUUCCGGAUAUUCUAUUAGCUCCACUCAAUCUGCACCCAAUUGACAACUGACAGGCUGUGCGGCGGGCUGCGAUGUUAUUUAAUAUGUCUGCAAGGUUUAUACGAAAUGUAAUGGAUCGUGUAAUUGACUGUGCUAGGAUUUGACGGCAAAUUCCAUUAGAGUUUAAGCGUACUUGGAGAUAUUAUGAAACUCUUUCACAUUUACACUGCUUGUUAUUAUGAAAUAGUGAAAUUGUCUAUUGCAUCAUUAUCACUACCACCACUGCUGGUGUUUUGUGUUUAAUAGGACUUGAACUGGUAAAAAGUGUCAUCCAAUAUAUUUCCGUGUAAUGCUGAAGUUAAAAGCUAAUAUACAUUGAUAUCACUGAUAUGAAUGAACUUGAUGUAAAAGUGAAAGCGUCAAGUAGAGUCAACCUAGUUCUUAGUGUUGUUAAUGAAACGUAAGAGAAGUAACGCUUCAAAAAGAUAAGAUUUAUAUUGCGUCUCGUCAUCAGGUGAUAAAUGAAGAGAAAAGAUAACAUCUCAGUUCUCUGAAAUGUCCGUAUUUUGUUGGGGCAGCGUAAUAUCGUGACUUAUUUUCAUUUGGUCAGUGGUGUGUGGUUAUGGUGUCCUGCUCCUGUUUUGAAAAAUGAAACCCCACACUGUGUGCGAUGGAUACUGUUGGCUGUAAAUUAAAAGUAUUGUAUGAUUUUGAGUAUGAAACGAAAGACAAGAGAAAAAUUUGCAUUACACGCGGUGAGAAGCUAUUUCUGAUCCGUAAAACUAAUCAUGAUUGGUGGCAGGUUAUUAAAAACUCUUCAGAAAGACCUUUCUUCGUUCCAGCUCCUUAUGUAAUUGAAGCUAGUGAAUGCAAUGUUGAAGACAGUUAUGUUGAUAAUCCAAUUUAUGGGAAACCCCCUAGUUUGGGAUUAGUGUGUGAUUGUGGAAAACCUAGUGAUAUUGGUGGAGUUACUAAUGUUCCGUACAUAAAACAUACUGAAGAACAAGAAGAAUUAAAAGUGCACCAGAGUUAUGUACAUUCAACCACAAUUGAUAGUGAUUUCCACACCUUAAGUGUAGAUGGAUGUGAAGCUUCCUCUUCUUGUGAAAGUGGAGCAGAGAAGAAGAAUGCUUUUCUAGAAAAUAGUGGGUUAGCUCAUGGAGGGGUCACAAAAAGUGCUCUUGGCAACUAUUUAUUGGCAGAAACCCAACAUUGUGCACCUUGCAAUGAAGGUAAUAAAUUCACUAAUGAAAACCCUGUUGCAGCUUUAACAUUUACUCUUUCUUCUGAUAAACGGGAAAUAUUGAGAACAAACAUGGCUGAAAAUAUUAGUUGUGAUGUAAGUAAAGAAACGAGUAAUGUAAAUAUAGGAAAGAUCAAAAGCAAGUUAGCUAAGUCCAGAAGUUUUAAAACAAAAAAUGAACUACAAAAACUCUCAAGAUUAGAUCCAGAAUCUGUGGUUUUAUUACCAGUUGAAAGAACUGUAGUUAAGCCUGACAGUGUUUUGGAAACCUUUUCAUCAGAAAAUUUUAACAAAAAUAAUAAAAACUGUGAUUUCAAAGUGGGUGAUGUAUAUGAAGGUGCAACCAAAGAAGGGAGCUCGCAGCCUGCACCAGCAUUGGUAACAGUGCCAGUGCCGGUACCAGUGCCGUUAGUAUUCCAUAAUGAACUCUAUGAUCUUAGUAAUAGUCAAGAUGGUGAUACCAAUAAAACUAUGGACUCUGGAAAUAUUUCUUCUGAAUCAUUAUUUACUCACGAAGAAGAUAUCAGUGAUAGUGGAGCAUCCCAUAAAUCAGGGCUCAUCUCAAGUGCACAGAGUCGAGAAAGUAUUCAUGAGCAUAGUGAUUUACUUGCAGAUGACACAAGUAAGGAGGAGCUUGAGAGCAGUCGAGAAGAAAUCUAUUUUGCAGAAGACUAUGAAGGUGUGCCCAUUCCACAGGGAUGGAGUAGAGUUUAUGAUGAAGACACGGGUGAAUACUGUUACGUCAAUGAAGUAACUCAGGCCAAGACAGUGGUGAGACUAGUUACGACUUCUGUAUGCCUGCACGGAACAGGAAAGCCUGCAGCUUUAGCAUUGUCCAGGAGAUGUAGCCGUUGCCCGACGCUGGGCGCUCGACUCCAUGUCCCCCGCGCGACGGCCGGAAGACUGCGGCCUGCGGACCCCUCGCCCUCCCGCCAACCACUGCCGCGACUUGUACUCGCCUGUACCGAAUCGCACCGUCGACGUCUACCAGCUGCCAUGCAUCCGAUGGACGUCUCUCGCCCUCCGCGCCGCCUGUUGAAGCGGAGCAAGCCAGCGAGCAAGCCCGCGCCGCGCCGCCCCGCCCUGGCGCCCACGCAACACUCGCGCAGCACCGCGGCCUCGUCGCUCUCCGACGACGUGUUCGUGGCCGUCGACCCGGCGGACUGGAGCGGCCGGCCGCACUCCUGCGCGCACAGCGCGUCGUUCGACGUCAAUGCCAUCUUCGACGACGGCACGUCGGUUCCGGUAGCGCCGCCGCGAUUCAAUAAAAUGAAGAGACUCAAGUUGAGUAGUUGCGGCUCCAAAAGUGCGAUCGACACGUGCGGAACGGAGCCUGCGCCUGCGAAUCGGCUGCUGUUGUCGACCGGAGACCCCCCCACCAGAGAGAGGAAAGCCAGGUCCUUCUUCUCGGACCGUAAAUCGUUUUCUACCAGUGCAGCCCUUAGCACGUCGCUGCAAAAUCUAAACUUGUGCUCUGUCGAUUCCAGUACGUCUAGUGAUGCUACUCAGCAAAGGGCAGACACGUCUGUUGAUGAAGGUGCUAUGUGUGAAUCUGGUUCCGAUUCUAGUCUGCUGGAAGUCAACGUUCCCACCGUGAAACCGGUGUCUUCGUUUGUUUUUCCUUCGAAUGUAGAAAAUAACUUGAGACCUCCUUCACCCAAACUACGAUGUAUAUCUUCUGUAGAAGAUUUCACGAGUAGCAUGUGCGACAGCUUGUUGUUGGAGAGACCACGCAAAGGGAGUGGUUCUAGUGACAUCGCUGCGUGGAAACGGGACUUGCAACGUUCUCCUUUCUUUUCCCAAGACGAUGACUAUAUGCCAGCAGAAGAGUGGUUUUCAUCUACUGACGGAAAGGGAAGAGUGUACUAUUUUGAAGAAAAUAGCAAUGUGUCAACCUGGACUCUGCCAAAUAUUGUUGUUGCAAAUGAAGAGGAAGCUUCUGGUGAACUUCAGUUGGAAUCCAGUAAUUUGCCAUUACGUAAUCAAGAUGGAGAAAAAAAAUCCAGAGUUGGGAAAGCUCGAUCAUUGUUUUUGUCAGAUCCGAAGCAUAAGGAAACAACAAGUAAAUCAUCAUCUAUACCUAGAAACUGGUUGCAGCUGUAUGGCUUGGACAAGGAUGUUCUGAAGUAUGGCAACAUGAAUCGUACAAAAAUUACGGAGAAUGGAAAAAAAAUGAGUAAGAGGUGGGCGUCUGCCUAUGUAGUAUUAACCGAAGAUGCCAUAUGUUUUUAUAAGGAUCUUAAAAAUUCUCAACAUUCUGUGGGCCUGCAGCCAGAGUUGUCGAUGCAGUUGUCCGGAGCGCGAGUGGAGCCGGGGGAGAAGUUGUCCAGCCGCAAGCACGUCUUCUUGAUCACCUCCGGCAGCUUGCAGCUGCUGUGCGAGUGUGACUCGGCCGAAGGCGCUGCUCAAUGGCGCUCGGCCAUCACCGACGCCAUCGUCAGACUAGCAAAACCUGUGGUGACACCACCAGCUAAAAUCUCACAAGAUAAACCAAAGACCGCAUCCAUUGGGAGAUCAAAAUCUCUUCAAGUGAAGAAUCGAGAAGGUGCCUUUGAUGAUGCCACAUCAACUGAAGAGCAACAGAUGAAAAUACGAGACCGUCUGAAAAAGUUUUUCAAUCGCAGACCAACACGAGAAAUUUUAGCUAGCAAGGGAAUAUAUAAAGAUGAACCAGUUUUUGACAGUCAUCUUGAAAAAGUGUGCCCUUCUCGUCCACCAUUCAUCCCAGACUUUGUUCGUUUGUGUGUGACUGCGAUUGAGUCAAAGGAAGAAAAUAUGAAAACGGAUGGAUUGUACCGAGCGUCUGGCAAUCUCUCUCAUGUGCAGAAGAUUCGUUUGCAGGUUGACCAGAAUAAUCUUUGUGUGCUGGAAGCAGAGGAGGAUGUGCAUGUCCUCACUGGUGCUCUAAAAUUAUUCUUCAGAGAACUGAAGGAGCCUCUUAUUCCCUAUGAACUGUUUAAUGAGGCUAUUGAUGCAGGAGGAAUGAAUGGUAGUAAGAAAGACAAGGUAAAAGUCACCAAGUACGAAGAAUUCAACCGCAUGCAUGUGCCUAACCUUGCUAUAGUAUUUGGACCAACAUUAAUGUGGAGAGAGAAAGAAUACCAUCAAAAUAUGGCUAUUGAAUACAUGCAACAAAAUCUAGUGAUUGAAUUUUUCCUGCAGCAAUUUGAUGAAAUAUUUAGUGAAUGGACAUGUGAACUUUAUAUGAAUGGUGCUGCCUCACCUACUACAUUACAAAGACUAUAUGUGUUCCAGACUACUUUACCAAAUGUUACAAUGCCUGAAAGAAAUGUUUUACCAGCAAAAAAAUAA